AUGCCACAGACAGGGAAUCAGACGAGCUUGUACAACAAGCUUGUCAUCACUUUUGUUGCUAUUGGCGGUACCACGUAUGGAUAUGCCGCCUCAAUCAUAGGAAGCACGAUCGGACAACCAGGCUGGUAUCAAUUCUUCAAUCUCCCUCAAAAUGGCGAACCCGGCUACGAUACUAUAACCACACCAGCGAUUGCAACCGCCAAUGGCCUCUUCUCUGCUGGUGGCGCCGUCGCUUGCCUGAUACUCAUGUGGGCUUGCGACUACUACGGGCGUUUGAGGAGCAUCCAAUUUGGUUGCGCAUUGGGUAUUCUCGGUGGUGUGCUUCAAUGCGCUGCUCAGAAUCUUGCUAUGUUCCAGGCUGGUAGAUGGAUCAUGGGAAUGUGUGUCGGUCUUAUGGCUACCGUAACGCCCAUGUACCUCUCCGAGAUGUCCAGCCCUCUAGCCCGAGGCUGGCUUGUAGGUCAUCAUGCGAUCUUUCUUGUCUUCGGUUACAUGCUAUCCUCCUGGAUCGGUUUCGCUGUAUACUUCUCUUCAAAUCUCGAGUUUGGAUGGCGCUUCCCAUUGGCGUUCCAAAUCCUCCCACCAGUUGUGCUUCUUGCCGGUUCUCCAUGGAUCCCGCGCUCGCCUCGAUGGCUCAUGUCCAAGGGCCAUCGCGACGAAGCAUGGUCAGUGCUCGUGCGUCUUCGCAAGUCGCCCAAUGACCCUGAAGAUCUGGUUGCGAAAGAGGAGUUCUACCAGAUUGACAAGCAGCUUGAACUUGAUGCUAAAAAGCUGGAGGCUUAUGGCGGGAACCCUUGGAAGGCCGUGCUGAAGAAGAAAAGUUAUCGCACUCGCAUGAUCAUUGGAUUCAUGACGCAGUGGGGUGCCGAGUUUGGAGGUCCUCUCAUCAUUAACAACUAUGCUGUCAUCCUGUAUACCAGCUUGGGGCAGACGGGCUACAUGCCUCUGCUACUCUCUGCCUUGUGGUUAACCACCGCUGGACUCAUCUACAACCCUGGUGGUGCUUGGCUCCAUGACAAGGUAAACUCCCGUCGCAAGAUGUACAUGACUGGUUUUGUGGGUAUCGUCAUUACCACUUCUGUCUAUUGUGCCAUGAUCUCGUUGUAUGCUGGUACAGACAACAAAGCAGGUAAUGCUAUGGGCGUCUUGUUCAUGUUUUUGUACCUUGCUUUCCAAGGAACAUUCUGCAACACAACAAUGUAUCUCUAUGUCUCAGAGAUCUUCCCUACCGAGAUCAGGUCCAUCGGUAUUGGUUGGUCACUGUUUGGGCAAUUCGCUGCCACCAUCAUCCUUCUCCAAUCCGCCCCCAUUGGUUUCAACGCCGUGGGAUGGAAGUACUUUCUUCUCGUCAUUUGCUGGAGUGUUCUCUUCAUCCCAGCUAUCUACUUCUUCUGGCCCGAGACAGCGCGACUAUCUCUUGAAGAGAUUGGUAAGCAAUUCGGAGAUGAGGUUGCUGUGCAUAUAAACGAUGCCACGGAUGAAGAGCGAGCUGCCAUUGACAGGAAACUGAUCUCAGAAGCCCAUGCCAGAGACAAGGGUCCGGCGACUGGCGUAAAUGAUGUCCCUUCCAGCAACAGUAGUCAGAAUGUUUCCUCUGAGAGGUAG